AUGUGAUCAGGAUUCGGGUGAAUAAAAUUGAAAUAUUAUAGAAAACGCAGAGGUAGAUAUUAGUAAAACAGUAUGGAAGCAGACAUGUCGAAAGGAAUCUCUGAUGCUGAUUUCAGAGUGAUAUUAAAGUCCAUGUCAGUGUGGUAUGAUCGUCAUGGAUACAUCAAUAAGCUGAAGGUUUUGUACAGAGAUCUUGUAACUGAACCUGAUAAGUUAUAUGCUGCCACCAAGGUGAUUGACUUGUUCGACUUAUUACGUACCUCUGGACAUCUGAGUCCCGCAGAUCUAAAAGUACUAUACGAUACUAUCAAUAUAACUAAACCAUUUGGCUUGGAACCGGAAAUAAAAAGGUUGUCGAUGACAAUUGAGGAUAUCAGGAAAGUCAUCGUAUCAAAGUUUACAACUAACAGACAAAGUCUGAUCAAGUUUGUAGAAAGUCUUACUGAUAAUGAUGUCAAGAAGAUCACAGAACUUUUCAGUUCUAAACAAAAGACUGACAGAUGGGGAUUAUUCGUUGAUUUGGAGCAUAGAAAUAAGAUUUGUAAAGAAAACAUGGAUGAGGUUCUGAGAACGAUAACAACACAUCUCAUCAUUGAUUCAAAAAAGGAUCCUAUUGGGCUGAGGAUGGCAAGUAAUGGUGACAAGCAUGCUACUACAAGUAAAGCAAGUCUAAGAACGUCUGCAGAUCAGUCUGAUAGUCCUAUUCAGACAGAGAUGCAAAUUUCUCCAGGAACUACAGGAAUAACUGACAUCAUAUUUCGUCAGUUGUUGGGAGAUAUAUCAGAGUGGUAUGAUCGACUUGGAUCCAUCAGUAUGCUUAAAGUGUUGUACAGAGAUCAUGUGACUACCGCUAAAACACUAUCUAAUGCUUCUACGACGCGUGAAUUGUUGGACGACUUAACUGUUUCUGGAAAUCUGAGUCGAACAAAUCUUAACAUUCUGUACGAAACCAUAAAUUUAACUCAACAAUUUGGGUUCAUACCGAAGAAUGUAAAUCUGCGUCCAUUAUUCAAAAACGUCAGCGAUAUUGAAAUAUCAAAAUUUGCGCAGCAUAGACAAAACCUUGUAAGGCUAGGAAUGAUACUGACUCAAACUGAUGUAGUGAUUAUUGAUGGUGCGUAUAACAUACCACAAAAGAGAUAUCAAAGCAGCUGGCAUUUAAUUCAGGAUCUGGAGUACAGAAUGAUAAUUCGUGAAGGAAACAUGAACGCAUUCAUUAAAACGUUAAAUGAACGUGAACUCUAUCUUGCUGUUGAAGCUCUCGCCGAAGGAAUAUCUGACAGAAUAUUUCUUCAGCUGUUGGAAGAUAUAUCAGAAUGGUAUGAUCGACUGGGAUCCAUCAGAAUGCUGAAAGUCUUGUACAGUGGCUAUUUGACUGAUGUCAUACUAUAUAAUGCUUCCAAGAUGCGUGACUUGUUGGACAACUUAAUUGCUUCUGGGAAUCUGAGUUCAACCGAUCUUAGCAUCCUGUAUGAAACCAUAAAUGUAACUGAACAAUUUGAUUUCAAACCGAAGAAUAAAAAUAUGCAGCCAUUAUUUAAAAAUGUCAGAAAAAUUGUGAUAUCAAAAUUCACGCAGUACAGACAAAGUCUUGUGAAGCUGGGAAUGGUACUGACUCCAAGCGAUGUAGAAAAUCUUGAUAAUGUGUUUAACAUGCCACUAAAGAAAUAUGUAGACAGCUGGCAUUUGAUUAAGGAUCUGGAGUACAGAAUGAUAAUUCGUGAAGGAAACAUGAACGCAUUCAUUAAAACGUUAAAUGAAUGUGAACUGUAUUCGGCUGUUGAUGCUCUCGCUGAAGGAAUCUCUGAUGAAAUGUUUCUUCAGCUUUUGCAAGAUAUAUCCGAAUGGUAUGAUCGACUUGGAUCCAUCACUAUGCUUAAAGUAUUGUACAGAGACCAUGUGACUAACGAUACCACACUACAUAAUGCUUUCAGGAUGCGUGACUUGUUGGAAAACUUAAUUGCUUCUGGGAGGCUGAGUCGAACAAAUCUUAGCAUCCUCUAUGAAACCAUUAAUUUAACUGGACAGUUUGACUUCGAACCGAAGAACACAAAUCUGCUUCCAUUAUUCAGAAACGUCAGAGAAAUUGAAAUAUCAAAUUUCACACAGCACAGACAAAAGCUUGUAAAGCUAGGAAUGACAUUGACUGAAGUCGAUGUAGAAACUCUUGAUAGUGAGUAUAACAUACCACUAGAGAGGUAUGUAGACAGUUGGCAUUUGAUUAAAGAUCUGGAGCACAGAAUGACACUAUUGGAAGGGAAGAUGGAAUCAUUCAUUGAAACGUUAAAUCAACGUGAACUGUAUCCACUCGUUGAAGCUCUCGCUGAAGGAAUCCCUAAAAAAAUAUUUCUUCAGCUUUUGCAAGACAUAUCAGACUGGUAUGAUCGACUUGGUUUCCUCAGUAUGUUGAAAGUCUUGUACAAUGACCAUUUGACGGAUAUUAUACUGGAAAAUGCUAACAGAAUGCGUGACUUGUUGGACAACUUAAAUGCUUUUGGAAAUCUAAGUUCAUCAGAUCUUAGGAUCCUGUACGAAACCAUAAAUUUAACUGAACAAUUUGAUUUCAAACCGAAGAAUAAAAAUCUGCAUCCAUUAUUCAAUCAGAUCAGACAAAUUAUAAUUUUAAAAUUCACGCAGCACCGACAAAAGCUCGUAAAGCUGGGAAUGGCGUUGUCUCAAGUUGAAGUAGACAAUCUUGAUAAUGUUUUCAACAUGCCACUAAAGAAAUAUGGAGAUAAAUGGCUUUUGAUUAAGGAUCUGGAGCACAGAAUGAUAAUUUGUGAAGAUAAGAUGGAAGCAUUCAUUAAAAAGUUAAAAGAAUGUAAACAGUCAAAAGCUGUGGAAUAUCUGGCAGACGACGAGGAAAUUAGAAAAUAUCUACUAAAAAAACAGAAGAGUGUAUGUUGCAAUGCCAUCAAGUUUACACCAGCAACAUGGAAUACACGGUUCCAUGUGGACAUCGCUCACAUGUUCACUGAUUUGGAUCUACUUAAAGAAGAUGAAAUGAUGCCAAAUCCCAAGCCAACAUGUUUGAAAGAGGUGCUAUCUAUUAUAAAAUCCACACAUGCAUGUAAAGUUCUAAUAGAAGGGGAAGGUGGUAUUGGUAAAUCAACCCUCCUCAGGUAUGUAGCAUACAACUGGGCCACAAAUGAAUCGGAUGAAACUUUCAAAGGUAAAAUAGUGUUUCUUGUCAAUAUCAGAGAUAUUCACAAAGGUGAAAGUAUUUUAGAUGCUAUGUUACAUAAUAUAAAUUUGCAAGAUUUUCAGUGUGUAACACGUCUUCCUCAAGAUCCUAGGUUAAUUGAACAAUUUAUUGGGAAACACAAUAAUGACAUUGUAUUGUUACUGGAUGGAUUAGAUGAAUUGAAAGAGGGCAGUGAGAGUCCACUGGACAUAUUCAAAAAAGAAACAAUUAGUAUGAGUGAAUGCAAAGUGUUACUUACAUCACGAUCAGAAAAAAUAGAUGAGUUUAUUAGAGAGAGCAACAUACAUGUGAAAGUUAAAGGAUUCAGUAGAGAAAAUAUAAAAAAGUACAUUACGAAACAUUUUGAGUUCUUUAAAAAGUCAGAAUUAGGGAACUCGCUUAUUGAGGAGUUAAUGCUUAAUUCAAAGUUCAACUAUGGACAUCAGGAUGUAAUUUCCAUUUGUAAGAAUCCAAUGUUACUUCUAUCUGUCUGUAGGAUGUGGGAGGAAACGCAAAAGCUGCCUGCUGAUAAGAAUGAGCUCUUUAAAGAGAUUUUUAGAUGCGUCUUGAAUCAGUUUAUUGACAGACACGAAUCUAAAGUGCAAAAAAUUAAUAUAUUUGAUGAUGCACCAGUAAAGUUGGUCAAUGCAAUGGUCCGGCUAGGCAAAUGUAUGUAUGAAGGGUUAAAGACAAACCAAUUAUCAAUAAACAAAAAUGACUUGGAAGGAAAAAGGAGACUGGUUAACAUGGCUUUAAAUCUCGGAUUUGUAUACAAAGAACCACCAAUUUUUAAAUCUGACUUUAAAGAGAUGUUUGCAGCUCCUCACAAAUUGAUAGUAGAGUCAUUGGUAGGAUUUUACUUGUACAAACUAUGUCAGAUAGAUGGGUUAGAGAAUGAGUGUUCAAAGGACAUGAAAAACUUACUUAAGCCAUUGAAUGAUAGUGAAUGGUCGAUAAUAAGAGAGAAUGAACAUUUAAACAUGGCAAGAUCAUUUGCAGUUGGAUUCUUGGGUCCUGAUGCAGGAAAGCUUUUGAAGCAUUGGAUAACAAAUAGUCUAUCAACAUAUCGAUCUUUAAUGACUUACUUAAGAGUUAUGAAAGAAGAACAAGUAGUUACUGUAAAAGAGACGCUCAUAGAGCACAUGACCAAGACAUGUUUAGAAAUAAAGCCACAUAUUGAUGACAUUUGUAAGUCACUAAGAAGUUUUGCCCAUCACAAUACUGCAGAGGUUAAUCAAAACGAGCAUUUCCUGCAACUUUUGAGAAGAAAGACUUUUCACAACAUAGAUCUAACUCACUUAGCACAUUUUUGUAAAGAAAUGUCAUCUGAAACACGUGGUGAAUUCCUUGCCCACAUUUUGUUUGCAGUACCAGACCAAAGAAAACUGCUGAAUAAAAUAUGUGAAAUAUGCUCUGAUGAUGAUAUACAAUGUCUAACAGCUGUAUGUCAAAAACUGAGUUUCAGAUAUGAUAUAACAAACUUUACAUUGUCUGGCUCAAUUAGUGCUUUAUUCUUAGUUCAUCUAUUGAGUAAUGCACCAAAACUUGGCACCCUAAAUUGCCAUGGCAAUUAUAUAACAGGCUGUAUUUUGAAUGAAUCGAUUAGCGAGUGUUCUAGUAAAGGAGCUAAGUUGGAAUUGUAUUUCCUUUCUAUUCGAAAUAGUAAUCUCAGCAACAUCGAUGUAUCUUCUUUUGCAACUUUAACAGCUAUUGCUCCUAAACUGAAUACUCUUAAAAUGAACAAUUGCAGUCUAUCGGGAAUUCUUAUGAAUGAAAUGAUCGGAGAGUGCUGUAGUAGAAAAUUCAAGUUAGAAUUAAAGUACCUUGAUAUUUGUAAUAAUGAUCUCAGCAAAAUUGAUGUACCUUCAUUUGUAUCUCUAAUGGUUAUUGCUCCUAGACUCAGUAAUCUUAAAAUGAGUAAUUGUGGUCUAUCAGGGUCUAUUAUGAAUGAAGUGAUCAAAGAGUGUUGUAGACAAGGAUUCAAGUUGGAAUUAGAUGUUCUUGAUAUUAGUCGUAAUGAUCUUAGCAACAUUGAUGCACAUUCGUUUGCAUCGUUAUUGUUUAUUGCUCCUAAACUGAAUAUCCUUGACAUGAAAAAAUGCAGUCUAUCAGGAAAUAUUAUGGAUAUGAUCAAAGAGUGCUUUAGUAGAGGAUUCAAGUUGAAGUUAUAUUUGCUUGAUGUCAGUGGUAAUAAUCUCAGCAACAUUGAUGCAACUUCAUUCGCGUUGUUAUUGGCUAUUGCUCCUAAACUCGAUGUUCUUAUGAUGAGUAAUUGCGGUAUUUCAGGAAUUAUUAUGAGAGAGACGAUCAGAGAGUGUUCAAGAAGGGGAGUCAAGUUGGAAUUAAAUGUGUUUGAUAUCUGUGGCAAUGAUCUCAGUAAUGUCGAUAUAUGUUCAUUUGUAUCUCUAUUUAUUACCGCUAAACUGGGUUGUCUUUACAUGAGUAAUUGCAAUCUUUCAGGAGAAAUUAUGAACGAUAUAAUCAGAGACGGUUGUAAUAGAGGAGUCAAGUUGGAAUUAACUCAUCUUGAUAUCAGUGAUAAUGAUCUCAGCAAUAUUGAUGUAUCUACAUUUGCAUCCUUUUUUAUUACUCCUUAUAAUUAUAUUGACAUGACUAAUUGCAGAUUGACAGAUGUCACAAUAAGUGAUGUGACCAGAGAGUGUUCUAAUAGAGGAGCCGAUGUAGUUUUUAAGAAGCGUGAACGGUAGAUCACCGAAACUGAUCCCAUUUCUCUACUUUAGAAUGUUUUUUUUUGUUUUAAAUCCUCUAUGAUUAAUUUUACUUCUUAAUAUUCCAAACAUUUUAAUUUUAAGUCGUUUUUUACACAAUGUUUUAGUAUUUUAUACACCUGUUUUGGUUUAAUAUUACCAUUUCCUUUGUUAUGUCGGUUACUUUUCUGUUAAGUUUCAUAUUGUGUAUAUAUAUAUUUGUUAAUGUUCAAUCCUUGUGAACGUACCGUUCUCGUGUGUCACUGUAUUAAAAGUGUAGAUUCAAAUAAAGAUUAUUAUUAUCGCCAUCUAUCGAAUGUUAGGCCUAUGUACUAUAUAUUUACCAGAGUGUUCGAAUUUCAGUGAAGCAGCAUAGCUGUACUAAUUAUUCACAAUAAUAAUAAACUGUUCUGUACUAGCUUGUUUAAAUGAUUAAUUUGCAGAACUAAAUAGUUUCUACAUAAGUACAAAUCAGGUGUUAGGGGUGUGGUCGGACAUCGCUCAAAAUCUCUUGAAAGGCUUAUUUAAUCAAUCUAGAGUGCGCGCGCUAAACCGUUGUUUCAGCUGGGGCGUUUAAAUGCAAGUUUAAAUAACGCACCGUCCUUAGUAUGAAGCGUUUAAGCCGAUGUCCCGUGUACAAUAUCACACAUGUUUAUAAUAUAAAAGAAUGCAGUGCAAUCUUUGUGAAAGAGUUGGGAUCGUUUCCCGGUCUGCUGCCCAAUUCACAUUUCCUGCGGAAGUAAGUUUUGUUUCACUCCGAGAUUCAAACCAAACAAGGGAGAUACUAUUAUUAUUAUAUUAAUUAUAUUUAGACAUGGGUUGUUGCAUUCCAUCAACCGCUGGUUAAGUGCUUAUGGCCGAAAAAGAUCGUGCCACCUUCAUUAAUAAAAUCUGGCAAAUUUAUACCUUGUUUUAUUAUU